CAGGAUCAUGACUCCAGAUGAAAUCAAUCAGAUUUCUGCGCACAUUGCACAAGAGUUUCAUAGACUUCGAGCAGCUAGACAGCAGUUGCGAGCUGCUCCUAAUGUAGCAUCGAGUUCUAACCCAACUAUUACAACGGCCCAGCAUCUGGCUGCUGCACUCGAAGGAGCAGGCAUUGCUCCUAAAGCAUCUAAGCGAUUGUUUGGUCCAGUUGAUGAACAAAACUUUUUAAGCCGAUUUGCCAGUUCUCUUGAUUUGGUACUUUUAUAUGAAGACUUGGACCUCCAGGACAAGGCUCGCCAGGUCAUUCCAGUGGAUACACUUCAUGAAGAAGCUCAUCGACUCCACGCUGAAACCCCAGAAAAAAGCUUUGAUCGAAUGCUCAUGCACUCACUCAUGGCAUGGUUCAAAAAAGAUUUUUUCAAAUGGGUCAAUCAGCCUCCUUGUGAUUUCUGUCAGGGUAAAACAGUUGGUACUGGAAAUGCAACCCCUACAGCCGACGAUCUCAAGUAUGGUGCCAAAGUUGUGGAGUUGUACCAGUGCGAGAGUUGUCAUAAAUACACUCGAUUUCCUAGAUACAACGAUCCAGCUAAACUACUCGAGACUCGCCACGGACGAUGUGGUGAAUGGGCCAAUGUAUUUGCUCUGUGCUGUAAAACAAUGGGGUUUGAUACUCGCUAUGUUGUUGAUUUUACAGAUCAUGUCUGGACUGAGGUGUAUGAUACUACUCAAAACCGUUGGGUGCAUUGUGAUUCUUGUGAAGGAGAAGGCGCAUAUGAUACUCCGCUAAUGUAUGAAACAGGAUGGGAAAAGAAAUUGACGUAUGUAAUUGCUAUUGGAGUAUAUGAUGUGGUGGAUGUCACAAGAAGGUACUCCAAAAAUCCAGAUAUUUGGGAAAGGCGAGUCCUAGUUGACGAGCAAUGGAUCGCUCCGGCAUUGAAGUCGAUAGCGUUAAAUCGUAGACGUAUGAUUCCUGAAUCUUUACGACUCGAACUAGCAUGUCGCGACAAAGAAGAGGAGGCAGAUUUAAAAAGUGGAGGCCCUCCAAAUGCAACAACAUCUGUUCUUCCUGGACGUCAAUCUGGUGCGCCAGAGUGGAGAGAUGCUCGUGGAGAAAUGGGUAAACCGUCACAGUAGGAUAUGUUUAGGAUUGAUGGCAUAGAAUGCCAUCUUGCAGAGUAUUGGAGAUUCUUUGAAUGUGACUGCACAAUCAGAGAUACGAAUAAACCACUUUUAAUAGCCAAAACAAA